AUGAAUCGACUGCAAGAACGGCAAGAAUUGGAAAAAAAGAAACUGGAACUGGACCUCCAACAAAAAUUCCUAAAUGAGAAAACACAGUUGUCAGAUUCGAUGAUAGCGGAAGAGUCACGAAGCCAGCAAAGCCGCGUAAGUUAUCGCGCUAGCCUGGAGCGAGUUAGGGCAUGGGUAGAAGAAGGCGCGAAUUCAGAAGAAGGGGCAGUUGGAGGAGUGCCGAAAAUAUCAGUAGCUCCUCAGUCUAAAAGGCCCAUUACCGGGAUUGUUCAUCAUGAUUCGACGAUGAAUCACGGGCAAAAAAACUCGGCUCCAACCCAAGAUAUGUUGAUUGAUGUCGCGCAGCGCUUGAACGAAUGUAUGCUUUUUCUGUCCGGGAUGCAAUUGACUGAAUCCACGCCCGCCAAAGAACAUCACACGGAAGCAGUGAACAAACUGAACCCUCAGUCACAGAUGAAAUCAUUGGGGGCCAUCCCUAAAGCGCGUACGAACGCGAAUAACAGCAAUGCUUUCCAGCAGCAGUGCAAAGGUCAUGCGCGCGUUGUGGAAGAUAUACCGGAACAGUGUCGAUCCCUUUCCGGGACGAAUCAUACGGACCAUUCAUCACAAUUGAACUGUACUUCAAACCAAUUUCCUCCAACGAACGUUGGACCUACUCAGCAGCAACUGUCGGCACGACAAUCUUUGGCCCGAGACUUACCCAGCUUCUCGGGAGACCCAUCGGAAUGGCCGAUUUUCAUCUCUAAUUAUAACUAUACGACAGAAGCUUGCGGAUAUACGCAUGGCGAGAACCUGAUUCGACUACAACGAUGUCUAAAAGGCCACGCUCUUGAUACUGUCCGUAGCCGACUAGUGCUACCAGGGGCGGUACCACACAUCAUCGAAACCUUACGUAUGCGCUUUGGGCGACCAGAGGUACUGAUCAACUCGCUGUUAUUGAAGGUACGAUCAUUUUCGGCUCCUAGGGCGGACCGGCUAGAGAGCCUGAUAGAGUACGGUAUGGCGAUACAAGCACUGUGCGAUCAUAUCGAAGCAGCCGAUGAACAUGCACAUCUCUCGAAUCCCAUGUUACUUCAAGAAUUAAUCGGCAAACUUCCGGCAGAUCAGAAAUUAAUGUGGGCUGGGUACAAACGAGGGAUGUCGAACGUUAAUCUAAAAACAUUUUGUGACUACAUGAACGGCGUCGUUCAAGACGCAUCGAGCGUUGUGCUUUUUGAACCGGACAAAAGGGCAAUUGUCAAGGAACGAUUGAAUCCCAGAGGGUGGUCUAAUGCCCACUUGCCUAGUACCAAUGAAAGAUUGUUCGUUCCGGAAAACAUUAAACAACAUGAUUGCCUCAUGUGCAGCAAACCUGGUCAUCGUCUACGCGACUGCAACGACUUCAAGGAUCUCGACAUGAACGAAAGAUGGUAUAAAGUUCGGGAGCUAGGCCUUUGUCAAAAUUGCCUGUUCGGACACGGACGACGAUCUUGUCGUAACAGUAGUUGGUGUAACAUUGACGGAUGCCAAUACCGUCACCAUCCUCUUCUACACUCUGUUAGGAAAGUCGAAACCAUAUCAACAACGGGGAUAGCAGAGAACCACACCCAUCGAUAUCUCGAAUCCAGCCUCCUGUUUAGAAUUAUACCAGUGACCAUCUACGGGAAAUCGGGUACGCUCGAUAUAUUUGCCUUUUUGGAUGAGGGGUCAUCGCUUACACUUUUAGAUGAAGAUGUGGCCGCCAAGCAUGGUAUCCACGGCAGCGUUCAACCUCUCUGCCUACAUUGGACAGAAAAUACAUCAAGACUGGAAAAAAAUUCGCGAAGUUUAUCUUUCGAAAUUUCAGGCGUAGCACAAGGUAGACGUUAUAAAAUAGAGGACGCUCGGACCGUAAACAAUCUUAACCUACCAAAUCAGAAUUUUCACAAGGAGGAAGCCGCGAAGCGGUUUGAACAUCUGAAGCAGAUUCCGCUCCAGAGUUAUAAGAACGUUUCACCCAAGCUGCUGAUCGGGAUCGACAAUUUACGACUAGCCUUGCCGUUGAAGGUGAGAGAAGGCGACGGAUCGGGCCCAACCGCAGUUAAGACUAGACUUGGUUGGUGUGUGUACGGUCGACAGCGUGACGUGUUUUCAAAAGCGUAUAAUCUACACGCCUGUAACUGUACGACUAACAGCGAACUACACGAUGUAAUGAAGCAAUUCUUCGCGGCAGAGCAAGAGACCGUAACUCCGGCUACCAUUGUAAUGUCGGUGGAAGAUCAACGAGCCCAACAACUUUUAGAAUCUACCACCCAACGUGUGGGAAACCGGUUCGAAACCGGUAUGUUGUGGAAACAAGACAACAUUACGCUUCCAGAUAGCUCUCCUAUGGCCUUUUAUCGUUUGAAAUGCCUCGAACGUCGAAUGCAUCGAAAACCGGAUCUGAAAGAAAAUCUGCACCGUCAAAUUCGAGACUACAAGGAUAAGGGAUAUGCGAAUCUCGUAACAACGGAAGAGUUGGCGCAGGCUCAUCCGGAAAGAAUCUGGUAUUUACCUUUGGGGGUGGUUUUCAAUGCCAAAAAACCAGGAAAAUUACGAGUUAUUUGGGACGCUGCCGCCAAAGUCGAUGGCGUGUCAUUGAAUAGCGUUUUGCUGAAGGGCCCGGAUCAACUGGCAUCUCUCCCAGGUAUAGUUCUUCGUUUUCGGCAGUAUAAAGUAGCUGUGAGCGCGGACAUUCAAGAGAUGUUCCAUCAGGUACGCAUUCGGCAGGCCGACAAACACUCGCAGCGAUUCCUCUGGCGUGAUGAUCCCUCUCUGAAGCCUGAUGUUUAUAUGAUGGACGUAGCAACAUUCGGUGCCACCUGUUCUCCGGCAUCUGCUCAUUUCAUUAAAAACUUGAACGCGGAAGAACACUCCAAACUGUACCCAAGAGCAGCGCGAGGAAUCAUCGAUAGCCACUACGUCGAUGAUUACCUGGAUAGCUUUGGGAGUGAUGAAGAAGCUAAACAGGUAGCUGAGGAGAUUCGGCUUGUCCACCGCAAUGGUGGAUUCACACUUCGUGGGUGGCGUUCAAACAGCGAUCAAGUACUCGACUAUCUAGAGGAGGCAAAUUCGGGGAGUUACAAAAACCUUAAUAUACGAGACAACGAACGAACCGAAAGAGUCCUUGGGAUGUUGUGGACUCCACUGCAGGACGAGCUCCAUUUUUCUACACAAAUGAGUGAAGAAGUACAGAUGUUAAUACACAGCAAUAAUCGACCGACGAAGCGGCAGAUAUUGCGUUGCGUUAUGACGAUGUUCGAUCCGCUGGGACUGAUGGCACCAUUCUUGAUCCACGGCAAGGUGCUUAUGCAAAGUCUGUGGCGUACUGGAGCAGAUUGGGAUGACAAAGUGGAUGAUAAUGCGUUUGAAUUCUGGAGCAGGUGGGUUAAAAUGAUCGAAUUUAUUUCUACCGUGCGAAUCCCAAGAUGUUAUUUUCACGAAGCAUCUGUAGAAACAUAUACCAAUGCACAACUACAUAUGUUCGCUGAUGCUAGUGAAACCGCAUACGCUUGUGCUGUAUACCUGUGGACGAUGGACAACAACGGAAAUCCGCAAUGCGCACUAGUAGCAGGCAAGGCGAAGGUUGCCCCCGUUAAACCCAUGUCGGUCCUGCGACUAGAAUUGCAAGGCUGUGUGCUAGGAGUGCGGUUGAUGAAGUUUGUGCAAGAUUCUCUCAGUGUUCCUAUAGUCAAACGAACGUUGUGGACGGAUUCAACCACCGCACUAUCGUGGAUACAAGCGGAUCCACGUAACUAUCGACCGUUUGUGGCACACCGGGUAGGAGAGAUCCUUGAAUCGACGAGCGUUGAUGAGUGGAGUCAAAGUCAAACCCGGCCGAUGAAGCAACCAAGUGGGGAAGUGGCCCGUACUUUAACGAAGAAAGCAAGUGGCUUGGAAGAUCGAACUUGUUACAUCUCCAGGAGGACGAGUGGCCUUGUACAAUAA